AUCAGUGAGCUAAUACUGGCGGCAUUGAUCAGUUUUUAAUGACUUUGUUUCGAGCACAGUCGUGGGGAGAACAACGAAAAAUGAGGAGUUACUAGGUAAUUCUCUUGUGGAGUCCUACGUGAAAAUGGAGAAAGAAGACUUAAGUGUUCUAACAAAAGGGAAUAAUGUUAUUAUCUUGAGUUCGCAUGAAAAGUCAGACUCGAACAGUAAGAUUGUUACAAAGGUUUACAAAAGAAGAUGGUUAAAUCUUGGGCUGUACGUAUUUUACAGCAGUCUGGUUGCAAGUCAGUGGGUAGAGUAUUCAAUCAUUGCCAACAUAGUAGCCAGGUACUACAAUGUUUCGUUAAGAGCCGUCGACUGGACCUCGAUGAUUUACAUGCUCUUCUAUGUUGUUUUUAUAUUUCCUAUUAGCUAUCUAUCAGAACGCAUUGGGUUGAGACACACGAUUAUUUUAGGAAGUUUUUUGUGCUGCUUUGGGGCAUGGAUCAAAACGCUUUCCGUUACACCCGAUAGAUUUCCUGUGACCUUUGCAGGACAAUCGAUUGUUGCACUUUCUCUGGUUAUAAUGCUACCAAUGCCUGGACGAGUAUCAGCUAAUUGGUUUGGUUCGGACGAGCUAUCAACAGCUACGUCACUCGGAAUCUUUGGCCCCCAGUUUGGAAUAUCAAUGAUGUUUUUUUUGCCACCAUUUAUUGUCAAAAAUCACGAAGAUGUAUAUGACAUUGGUGUUGAUCUGUCACUUCUCUUUUGGGGUGUAGCUUUGGCCUCGUCUCUCAACUUAGUCCUCGUUAUACUUUUUUUUAAGGAUGAACCAAAACUACCACCAAAUGAGACACGAGCUUUGCAGAAAAUGAAUCUCAACCAAGUAGAGGGGUUCAUUGGUCCAAUGAAACAGCUUUUUACAAAUAAAAGUUUCUUGAUUCUCUGUAACUCAUAUGGAUUGAAUGUGGGCAUCCUUAAUGUGCUGGGCACGCUUCUAAGCCAAUUGUUUUUAAUACACUUUGCGAAUGCAGAAAAAGAUGCUGGAAUGAUUGGACUACUUAUUAUUUUUACGGGAAUGUUUGGUUCGAUAAUGUUUGGCAUUAUAUUAGAUAAAACACGUAAAUUCAAAGAAACUGCUGUGACUGUCUAUUUUUUAACGUUAUGUGGACAGAUACUAUUUAGCGUUGCUAUACUUAUGGAGGUUAAAUGGAUGGUGUAUGUUGCUGCCAUUUUUCUUGGAUUUUUUAUGUCGGGCUAUUUAGCUCUUGGCUACGAGUUGGCAGCCGAGUAUACAUAUCCGAUAUCUAAAAAUUUAGUCAGUAGCUCUGACUGUUCUAUCGAAUUUAAGAGUUUAAAAGCAUGGGCGGAAGUGUCUCGUUACCUCUGGAGUAAAAAUUUGCAUUAUCUGUUUUCGUAG